AUGGACGAUCCCGAGGUGUUGCUGCCGUCGAUCGAGCGGCGAACGAAGCAGCUGCGGCAGCAGGAGCAGAUGCUGCGGGAAGCCGUGACGGCCGCGUCGCGCAGGAAGGAGACGAGCGCAGCGGCGCUCAGGUCCGCCGAAGACGCGCACCAGCAUCUGCUGCGCGAUCGAUUCCCCGCGCUCAACGCGCAGGUGAAUGCGCAGCUCGACGCCAUGGCCGCCCAUGCCGCCGCCAUCGCCGCCUUCCUCUCCCCCGCGCGCCCGGGAUCACUGGCGAUGGUGGCGGGGGUGGAGCCGCUGCUGGAGGCGCAGGAGGAGGUGGCGCUGCAGCACGAGGUGUGGAAGCGACGCCAGUUCGAUGAGGGGCCGUCCCGGGCGGUGGCGUUGGAGGGGUUGGGUUUGUACUUGCCGUGUGACCUCAACGACCUGGAUGCUGCCGUCAUUGCGGGGGACCAUGGGGCUUCCAUCGACACGCCAGACGCCAUCUAUCGGUGCAACAUCAGGGAGCUCAAACACGUGCAUGACCUGGAUGAUUUGUAUCUUUCUCUCUCUCCCUCCUACCCCUUCCUCUCUUGCCUGUCCCCUUGCUCCCCGUCCUUUCAACCCCUUGCUCAUCCACCUACCGUCCCCGUCGCUGUCAUGCCCAACAGGGCGGGGGAGGCGGAGCAGCGUUACGUGGCAGCCAUGGUGGACGAGGCUCGCUGGACUGCCAGGGGGAGGGCGCUGGGCAGAGCGCUGGGGGAUGGGGAGAGCGCUGGGGGAUGGGGAGAGCGCUGGGGGAUGGGGAGAGCGCUGGGGGAUGGGGAGAGCGCUGGGGGAUGGGGAGAGCGCUGGGGGAUGGGGAGAGCGCUGGGGGAUGGGGAGAGCGCUGGGGGAUGGGUGGACGGGGGGAGGCGGGUGCUUGGGAUGGGUGGUGAGGGACGUUCAGGGAACGGCGGGGUUUGGGCAUGGUGUGAAAGGGUGCCUGCAUGUGUGUAUGGUUGCAUGUGCAUGUACAUUCUCUCGUCUCAUCCCACUCGCUUUUCUAUAACCCCACACCCCCUCCCUCUUCCCUCCUCUCACCCCACUCCCCUCCCAUUGCUUGCCUCCUUGACUCUCUUCCGCCCCCUUCUCUCCCCUCCGCCCCCUUCUCUCCCCUCCGCCCCCUUCUCUCCCCUCCGCCCAUGGCAGCAGCAGCAGUGGCGGCAGCAGCAAGGGAACGGCAGGGGGUGCGGGGCAGGGGGGGGCGGGGGGGGCGGGGGGGGCGGAGGAGAGGAGGCGGAGGAGGCGGCUGGAGGAGGAGACUACGAGCUCAAGAUGCAGAGGCAGCGCUUCUACCUCGCCAAGAUGCACCAGCUGCUGACUCAGCAGUACUGGCAGCUGGCUGUCAACGUGGCACUGCAUGGAGCCGUCCUAUUGGACGCGCACCACCUGGAGCGCACCUGGCAGCUGCUGCUCCAAUUACAUUGCGACACGUCAGCAGCUAUCAGUGACUCUGAAACCCGCAAGGCGGCUUACAAAGCUCUUGCCUCACAAGCCACUGCCCCCACUGCCCCCACCGCCCCAACAUCCUUCUCCUCCUCCCAGUUCCCGCCCCCCUCCUCCUCCCUCCCCCUCCCAGCCUCCUCCCCCCUGUGGCCCGCCCUGCUCUCCGCCCUCUCCCCCCCCGCUGCUCAAGGGGAGCCACUCGGGGCAGCAGGGGGGGGAGUCGCGCAGGCAGCAGGGGGAAGGGAGGGGGAGAGUGGGGGGGAGGUGGUGGAGCGGCUGGUGGAGGGGCUGAGGGGGAGGGCGCAGGGGGAGGGGGAGCGGGUGCAGCAGGGGGUGGAGCAGAGUGAGCGGCUGCUGGCACACAUGGCGGGCAUGCAGGCGGCCAUGGUGGAGCUGCUCUCAUCGCCGCAUGCCACUCCCUCCUCCACCGCCGCUCAUGCCAUGCCGCUGCACCUCUCGCCCCCUGCUCUCGUGGACGAGCGGCUGCGAGUGGAACGCCAGCUCAGCGAUGAUGUGGCACCGGCGAUUGACAGGCUGGCAGACGAGUGGCAGACAACCCAGAGGAGCGCGGUGCACGCGCCAAGGCAUGGCAUCCGCCAGCGACUGCUGCACUCCUUCUUCUCCCCGGCCGCCCUGCCCCGCGCACUGCUGCACGCGCACUCCGCUCAGGGCGCAGGGGGCGAGGGGGCGCGGACCGAGGGGGCAGGGCGCGAGGCUCGAGAGGCGCAAGGCGGGAUGCAUGGGCAGGAGAGGGAGAGCAGGGGGGGUGGUGGCGAGGGCAGUGGCAUGGGCAUGAGCAUGGGCAUGAACGAUGGUGGGGGCAGGGGUGAGUGCAUGGGCAUGCAGUGUGGGAUGCAUGUGGGGAUGGGGAUGGGCAUGGAGGAGGACGAUGACAGCUUCAUUUUCUAA